UAUCGUGUCUUGUGUCGUCUGGCAACAUAUGCAAAUAAAAACACAAUGGAAUAUCGAUGGAAACCGCAAGAGGAGAGGAUUAAUUUAUAUCAGGUUGAACGCUGGUAUCUGACUGACUGGGAAAGGACAAACCUGCUAUACACAUUUCGUUUCGGUUACCUGAAAUUAGCACCAAUUACGGCAAAUGAGGAUGUCUCUCAUCACUUAAGCGAUCUUCCUUCCGGACUUGUUUCGGCUCCAAUUUCGAUCCACUGGUUGUGGACAAUCAACAAUCCUCAGUAUGCAUCCACAUCCUACUCGCAACAAGAUGCUGAAGCCAGGAAACAAUUUGUCUCGCAAAAAGCUUCUGAAAUGUGCCACGACUGGUAUGAGGAAGACGGUGCACAGUAUAAUUUUAUUCGCGAUACGGAAACAAAUGCAUCCUGCCCGUGUGUUGAAAGCCAAGCACGUGUUGAUCUUGGCCGCUUCAUGCCGCACCCUCGCUGUUCUCAGGUCACUCACUCAAAUAUAACUGAUCCUAUUUGA